CAAGCAUGUCCGUAGUAAUAGCCUUUUCGAAAAAGAAAAAAAAAAUAUUUAUAUUCGUGAAUCGUGACAGCUGUUGCAACGUUCUAUAACUUAACCUUAAUAUUAUGAUAAACAGAGUUGAAUUAACAAAAAAAAAAAGUUGUUGAUUGUCAACAGAUAUUAAUAAGAAUUUAAAUAAUAAAAUUAUCAUAACAUGGACGAGUGUAGAUCUGAUUCUUCAAAUUACAUUACAGAGAUAAAACGAAUGAUGCAUGGAUUUGGCGAUUCAUCACAGCCACUAACUGAAUCAGCAACAAUGAUUAACGAUGUUGUUCAACGACAAAUCAAAGCGUUUGUUUAUGAAGCAUCUAAAAUUGCUGAUAAUAGACAAUCAAAUACUGUCGAGGAUGAAGAUUUUCUUUUUCUAUUAAGACGUGAUAAAAUUAAACUUCAACGUUUAUUAAAAUAUCUUCAGCUGAAAGAAUUUAAAUCAACAAUGAAUAAAGUAUUGGAUAGUGAUUCACUUGGUGUUAUUGGUGAAGAAACACAAGAAGAAAAAAUUGAAAAACGUUAUAAAAAAUUAUUUAACAAUCUUGUAAGUAUUGAUGAUUCAACAACAAUUGAUGAUAUUAAAUAUAAUCGUGAUUUACGUGCUGAAAUGUUAUCAAGAACAUUAAAUACAUCUCAUUAUAUUGAGUAUGCUAAAGCUCGUUCAGCAUCAUUUGCAAAUAAAUAUAAUAUAAAAUUUGCAAAUUGGAUUAAUCCAGAUGGUGAUAUGAAAAUUUCAAAACAAUCAUAUACAAUAUUAAAUUAUUUAUGUUAUGAAACAGUUGCACAAAUAAUGGAUCUUGCAUUUUUAGUUAGACAAGAUCAAAGUAAAAUUUAUGGUGAUGCAUUAGACACAGUUAGACUUGGUUAUUGUAAUCCAUCAACUUAUAAACCUUAUCAACAUGGAAAGAAUCCAGUUUUUAAACCAAUAACACCAUCUGAAAUAAGUGAAGCAAUACGACGUUACUGGUCACCACAACUUAAUUAUACUGGACCAUUUCAUAGAUGGUCACUUAAUCGUCAACAUCCAAAGUUUCUUGUCAUUUAG